GACGGACCGGCGGGCGGGGCGGGUAAGAUGGCGGCCGCGCGGCGAGGUGAGCUCAGGCGGGGUGGGGGCUUCCGGCCUUGCAGCGGCGGGCGCGGCGUUUCCCUGUGGUGACAAUCCGGUUUCCGUUUUCGGUGUGCUCACGGGGCCGUGCCACCGUCUCUACGUGAGCGAGACAGCUCCGUCACCCCAUCGAGAAGCGCGGCGUGGUCUGGCCUGGGUGCCGGGCGUCCUGCACCCCGAGGAGCUCCCCCGCGCGCGGGCGCCUGGCCCCGGGCAGGGUGGGUGUGGAGCGGCUCUAGGGGCCCCGGUCCCCAGCAGCUCUUGUCCCGCGCGUGGUUUUUGUGAAGAUACGUGGGCGGGAUGGGCGCGGGGUUUCGGUAGCCUUGGAACUCUCGCCCAAGAAAAUCGCGGCUGCCGGUGCCUCAGCCGUCCUGCCUGAGAGACUCGCCUCCGAGAGGAGAAAGGGACAGACCAAAGCAGUAAAUCGGCCAUCCUGCAGAGGAACCGCCUUCUGCUGUCUGAAUAAAGAACGGCUACACCAUAGGCAGGGCAGCGUCUAGUAACCAGGGAGAGGAUCCUCCACAGUGGUAUCCUGCUGCGUGCCCCUCCAGGACAGCACCCAGAGGCCCGAAUUACUGAUGCACAGAGAGCACUCGGCCUCACCCCACGUUUUCCCUAAGUUCUGUCUAGUAAUGCCACUUUGGAGAGGGGGUGUUCCUUGACAGAUUUAGAGAGUUGAUGUAACUUCCUCGGAUCAGUUGAGCUGGCUCCAUCCCCUACCUGCUCAGCCCUGCACAAAGUGGCUAAGCGUGCCACACUGCCCGGCUCCCAAGGGGAUGGCCACCUGCCUCUGUCUCGGCCACUAGUGGCAGGAAGAUGGAAAUCCCUCACUUUGUCCCUAGAUUCAUUUUAUUUUAUUUUAUUUUUGUUUGUUUAUGUUUUUUUAAGGACAGAGCCUUCCUCUCACCCAGGCUGGAGUGUGGCGAUCACAGCUCACUGCAGCCUUGGCCUCCUGAAGCUCUGGCAUCACAGGCGUGAGCCACUGUGCCUGGCCCCAUAGACUCAUGUUAACAUAAACAAAUAGGAAAUGUACACAGCUCAGGAAAUGGCUACUAAAUACUUAAGUCCCCCAAACAGAAAUAUAUUUCCUCUGAAGAAAAUGAAAAAAGUGGCCGGGCACAGUGGCUCAUGCCUGUAAUCUCAACACUCUGGGAGACUGAGGUGGACAGAUCACUUGACACCAGGAGUUUCAGACCAGCCCGGCCAACAUGGUGAAACCCUGUCCCUACUAGAAAUACAAAAAAUUAGCUGGGCAUGGUGGUACACGCCUGUAAUCCCAGCUACUCAGGAGGCUGAGGCAGAAGAAUCACUUGAACCCAGGAGGCGGAGGUUGCAGUGAGCCAAGAUUGUGCCACUGCACUCCAGUCUGGGCAACAGAGCAAGACUCUAUCUCAAAAAAAAAAAAAAUGACAAAGUUAUUUUUUCUCUCUAACUCAUAACUGGGGCCAGAGUCAGGGUGACAUCACUGGGAGUACCAGUGUGUGGAGGUUGUCCCCUGACCAGUCCUGUCCACAGUCACUGAGGGCAGGGGCUGCGGUGCACAGACCACAUUGCUCUGGCAUGGAGGGGGGUCCCACGAAGGCCUUGUCAGCUCAUGGGACCACAUUGGCAGCCAGCAUAGUGAUAGAAGCCUCAGAUCGGCAGUGAGCCAUUGGCAGGACCCCACGGUCCCUUGAUGUCUGUGGCCACCAAACAGAUGACAGAACCAGCCCCUCUUGUUCAGCCACCUGGGAGGCUGCUCCCAAGCCUGUUGAGCUUGAGGAUCCUUAACCACUCACCAGCUCUCUUCAGUUCCCCUUCAAAUGCUGUUUUAUCUCAGCGGAACAUACUACGCCCUGUAUUUCCUCGCCACGCUCCUGAUGAUCACGUAUAAAAGUCAGGUGUUCAGCUAUCCUCACCGCUACCUGGUCCUCGAUCUUGCUCUGCUGUUUCUGAUGGGGAUUCUGGAAGCGGUUCGGUUAUACCUGGGCACCAGGGGCAACCUGACAGAGGCUGAGAGGCCGCUGGCCGCCAGCCUGGCCCUCACGGCCGGCACCGCCCUCCUCUCUGCCCACUUCCUGCUUUGGCAGACCCUGGUGUUGUGGGCGGACUGGGCCCUCAGCGCCACGCUCCUGGCCCUUCACGGCCUGGAGGCCGUCCUGCAGGUGGUUGCCAUCGCGGCCUUCACCAGAGGACCGGCUGGGCACAGCUGCCAUCUGGAGGACCCAGCCCACGAACCGUGCAGACCAACGAAGGGCCUCCUCCCUGAAGCUGGAGACCUGUUGCCUUCAUGGUUCCUCCUCUCCCGGCCCCGCCCCGGCCCGGCCCCGCCGAGCGUCCCACCCGCCCGCGGGAGAACUGGCGCCGCGGCCGAGGCGCGAACAGACGGACGCACGGGCGAGCGCCGAGGGGACAGGCCGAGCGCGGGGCGCCAGAGGCAGGUGUGGGACAGGCACUGGCCUCAGACCCGGGCCACACUGAGGUCUGCCCUUCUCCCACUGGCCGCCACCCAGGACACCAUGAGCCAGUCCGGGACCAUGAGCUGCUGCCCGGGUGCCACCAACGGCAGCCUGGGCCGGUCCGACGGUGUGGCCAAGAUGAGCCCCAAGGACCUGUUUGAGCAGAGGAAGAAGUAUUCCAACUCCAACGUCAUCAUGCACGAGACCUCGCAGUACCACGUCCAGCACCUGGCCACAUUCAUCAUGGACAAGAGCGAAGCCAUUACGUCUGUGGACGACGCCAUCCGGAAGCUGGUGCAGCUGAGCUCCAAGGAGAAGAUCUGGACCCAGGAGAUGCUGCUGCAGGUGAACGACCAGUCGCUGCGGCUGCUGGACAUCGAGUCUCAGGAGGAGCUGGAAAACUUCCCACUGCCCACUGUGCAGCGCAGCCAGACGGUCCUGAACCAGCUGCGCUACCCAUCUGUGCUGCUGCUCGUGUGCCAGGACUCGGAGCAGAGCAAGCCGGAUGUCCACUUCUUCCACUGCGAUGAGGUGGAGGCAGAGCUGGUGCACGAGGACAUCGAGAGCGCGUUGGCCGACUGCCGGCUGGGCAAGAAGAUGCGGCCGCAGACCCUGAAGGGACACCAGGAGAAGAUUCGGCAGCGGCAGUCCAUCCUGCCCCCUCCCCAGGGCCCGGCGCCCAUCCCCUUCCAGCACCGCGGCGGGGAUUCCCCGCAGGCCAAGAAUCGCGUGGGCCCGCAGGUGCCACUCAGCGAGCCAGGUUUCCGCCGUCGGGAGUCGCAGGAGGAGGAGCCGCGGGCCUUGCUGGCUCAGAAGAUAGAGAAGGAGACGCAAAUCCUCAACUGCGCCCUGGACGACAUCGAGUGGUUUGUGGCCCGGCUGCAGAAGGCGGCUGAGGCUUUCAAGCAGCUGAACCAGCGGAAGAAGGGGAAGAAGAAGGGCAAGAAGGCGCCAGCAGAGGGCGUCCUCACACUGCGGGCACGGCCCCCCUCUGAGGGCGAGUUCAUUGACUGCUUCCAGAAAAUCAAGCUGGCGAUUAACUUGCUGGCAAAGCUGCAGAAGCACAUCCAGAACCCCAGCGCCGCGGAGCUCGUGCACUUCCUCUUCGGGCCUCUGGACCUGAUUGUCAACACCUGCGGUGGCCCAGACAUCGCACGCUCCGUCUCCUGCCCACUGCUCUCCCGAGAUGCCGUGGACUUCCUGCGCGGCCACCUGGUCCCUAAGGAGAUGUCGCUGUGGGAGUCAUUGGGAGAGAGCUGGAUGCGGCCCCGCUCCGAGUGGCCGUGGGAGCCGCAGGUACCCCUGUACGUGCCCAAGUUCCACAGCGGCUGGGAGCCUCCCAUGGAUGUGCUGCAGGAAGCCCCCUGGGAAGUGGAGGGGCUGGCGUCUGCCCCCAUCGAGGAGGUGAGUCCAGCGAGCCGACAGUCCAUACGAAACUCCCAGAAGCACAGCCCCACUUCAGAGCCCACCCCCCCAGGGGAUGCCCUACCACCAGUCAGCUCCCCACAUACUCACAGGGGCUACCAGCCAACACCAGCCAUGGCCAAGUACGUCAAGAUCCUGUACGACUUCACAGCCCGAAAUGCCAACGAGCUAUCGGUGCUCAAGGAUGAGGUCCUAGAGGUGCUGGAGGACGGCCGGCAGUGGUGGAAGCUGCGCAGCCGCAGCGGCCAGGCUGGGUACGUGCCCUGUAACAUCCUAGGCGAGGCGCGGCCCGAGGACGCCGGCGCCCCCUUCGAGCAGGCCGGUCAGAAGUACUGGGGCCCCGCCAGCCCGACCCACAAGCUGCCCCCAAGCUUCCCGGGGAACAAAGACGAGCUCAUGCAGCACAUGGACGAGGUCAACGACGAGCUCAUCCGGAAAAUCAGCAACAUCAGGGCGCAGCCACAGAGGCACUUCCGCGUGGAGCGCAGCCAGCCCGUGAGCCAGCCGCUCACCUACGAGUCGGGCCCGGACGAGGUCCGCGCCUGGCUGGAAGCCAAGGCCUUCAGCCCGCGGAUCGUGGAGAACCUGGGCAUCCUCACCGGGCCGCAGCUCUUCUCCCUCAACAAGGAGGAGCUGAAGAAGGUGUGCGGCGAGGAGGGCGUCCGCGUGUACAGCCAGCUCACCGUGCAGAAGGCCUUCCUGGAGAAGCAGCAAAGUGGGUCGGAGCUGGAAGAACUCAUGAACAAGUUUCAUUCCAUGAAUCAGAGGAGGGGGGAGGACAGCUAGGCCCAGCUGCCUUGGGCGGGGGCCUGCGGAGGGGAAGCCCACCCGCAAUGCAUGGAGUAUUAUUUUUAUAUGUGUAUGUAUUUUGUACCAAGGACACGGAGGGGGUGUGGUGCUGGCUAGGGGUCCCUGCCCCUGUCUGGAGGCACAAGGCCCAUCCUUAGGCCCAGCAGUACCCAAGGCCCAGCCCACACCAAGACCAAUCUCAGCCAAACCUGCUGCCUGGUGGUACCAGCCCCUUGUCCACCUUCUUCUGAAGCCACAGAACUCCCUGGGGCUGGGGCCUCUUUCUCUGUCCUCCCCUGUGCACCUGGGGGGUCCUGGCCCCUGUGAUGCUCCCCUAUCCCCACCUACUUCUACAUCCAUCCACACCCCAGGGUGGGCUGGAGCUCCAGGCUGGCGGGGCUGAUCCCCGCACAUACGCAGGGUUCUGCUCCCUGAGGGGGGCCUGGGAGGGGCUCCAGCAGGAGGCCAUGGCUGCCAUUCAGGGGAAAGUGGGGGGACGACACACACUUGACCUGCAAGGGCCAACGACGCAGGGGACACCGUGCCGGCUUCAGACACUCCCAGCGCCCACCCUCACAGGCACAGGACUGGAGCUUUCUCCAGCCAAGUUUCAGGCCACUGAUCCUCGCAUGGUGUUGGGGGUGCUGGUGUGUUUUGGUGCCUGGACUUGAGUCUCACCUUACAGAUAAGAGGUGGCUGAGGCAUCAGGGCUAAGCAAUUAAACCAGUUAAGUCUCCCAGGA